AUGAAUCGAGCUCUAUCCAUCCGGUCCCGCAAGAAGGACGACCAUGCUAAGGAGGCCUCCAAACACACAUUUUCCAUCUCGACCCUCCGCGGCAUGCACCAGGCUGAGCUCUCCAAGAAACUCUUCAAGCUGAUCAAAACCGAGAACCACUGCAUCGAAGCCUAUGAAACUGCCGGCCGCGAGCGCCUCUCCAUUGCCUCGCAGCUUUCCGACUGGGGUGAAGCUACGAACGACGAUGCCGUCUCGGACAUUUCGGACAAGAUUGGAGUCAUUAUGUCGGAAAUAGGAGAGCAGGAGGAUUUGUUUGCUCAGAAUCUCGAGGACUACCGAUCUAUCCUGAAGCAGAUCAGAAACAUCGAGGCCAGUGUGCAGCCAAGUCGGGACCAGAAGGUCAAGAUUAGCGAUGAAAUCCAAAAACUCAAGUACAAGGAACCGUCUAGCCCGAAGCUGGUCACGCUCGAGCAAGAACUCGUGCGAGCAGAAGCUCAGAACCUGGUCGCAGAGGCUCAACUUACCAAUAUCACCCGCCAAAAGGUCAAGGAAGCAUAUGAUCUACAUUUCGCGGCCACGAUCGAGCGAGCAGAGAAACAGAUCAUCCUGGCCAAGUACGGCCGACGCCUCUUGAAUCUGCUAGACGACACCCCAGUGGUGCCGGGAGAUGUGCGCCAGCCCUUUGCCCAAGUCGGCGAGGCGAGACAGGUUCUUGCGGAUGCAGAGCAAGAGCUGCAAAGAUGGGAGCCUCAUCUUGAACCAAUUCACUCCAACGCCGGAGGUUUAGGAACGAAUCUGAUGCCUAUGGACGACCGCAGCACCCGAGCCACAUCGGAGGUUCCUGAUCCAGUCGCAGAUCCUGUGCCGACGGAGAAGCCGGCGGCAGAGGCCCAGGGAACGCAUUUGGAGCAAGCAACCGCUUAG